AUGAUCGAAAUCUACAAUAGAAUAGGCGUAAAAUUCAGUGAUGAGUUUAUAUCAGAGUAUCUCACAUUUUUAUCAUCAUCUAAUAAAUUAGUAAUAAAAAAUUUCGAGGAUUUAGUGAACUUUAAAAUUAAUGACACUUUAGUUUCACAGUUCAAUGACUAUAUAGAGGCUUUGUUUGAGAAUCACUUACCUGAGGUACACUGUUAUGAGAAUUUGGAGUAUAGUAUAGAUAGAAUACAGUUGUUGAUCAACAAUAUUCUUUCAAAAGUGAAUAUAACUUCAUUGUCUAUAAAUUCAAUGUUGACAUUGUUUAAACUAAAUGAGGAAUUUUUAUCAGUUAAUAGAUGUGAACAAUCUAACGAAAGCAAUUCAAAAUUAGUCAGAAAUUUAGAAGCUAGAGAGAAGCAAUUUUUGGAAUAUGUCAAAAAUGAGAAUAUGGAAGAAUCAAUAGUAGAAAGUUUAUUAUGUACCUUAAAACUCCAAAACUCGUCAUUAUUAGCACCAUUUACUAAACCAAUUCAAUCCAACGACAAAUUUUCAGAGAUCCUUAAAUUUCAAGCCAAAAUUUUCGUAAAAAACAUAAAGGAGGAAGAGCUACUCAAUCACCCAAAAUCACUUGAAAUCUCAGAAGAUAACUUUGAAAAGUUAAUAUCAACAAUAUCAAAUACCCUACCAACAUUAAUACAACCAGUAGUAGAAUUCUACACAAACGAAGGUUUAGAACUAACACCAAUAAUCUACAAACACAUCCUAGAUCAACUUAUACAAAAGAACCACUACCAUCAAGCUAUAAAAACAUUCCAAGAAUCAACACAAAAAGUAUCUUGGUCAGAAUCAAUAAAUAAUCCCACAAUUACAAAAACACUAAAUGAUUUAAUCCAAUGUGUAUGCUCCAAUCUUCCAAUAAGAGAACUGUUUCCACUAUUCCAGAAAAUCAAAGCUAACUUAAACCAACAACAAAUAAACAUUGAUUCAAUUAACGUCCUCACUUCAAAAAUGUUAGACCAAAAUCUAGUUGGAGACACUAUAGAAUUACUCAAAAGAGAACUUCCAGACCUCAAGAACAACCUAAAAAAAUUACCAAUAGAUAAAUCAUACGGAAAAAAGUACCUUCAAUUGUUCAAUACAAUCCAUGACUACGUCAUAUCAAAUGAAUCUGACACGACAAUAAAAAACAAUUGGUACUUAUUCAUUCAACUUUACAAAUACUUUAAUAUUCCAGAACCAACAAUUUUACCAACUUUAAAAUUUUUCUGUUCACACAAAAGAUGGAAUUCAGCAUUACUAAUAUUCACCAAAAUGUGUGACUUAAACCAAUUACACGGUCAUCACAAUUACCCACCCCCAUCAAAACAAAUUUAUUCCUACCUUCUUAAAGAAUUUGGAGAUAAUUUAUAUGAAGAAGGAGUUAUUGAAAUCCAUGAUUGGUUGAAAAUGGACACUUCGAUCGAUAGCAUAGGAUUAGAGCUCAAUAAUAUAUUAAUGAAUUCAUAUUGUAAUUUACAAGAUGUUUCUAAAGUUCGUGACUUAUUUAACUCAGCUUUUGCGGCCAAUCAAAUCAACGAAUCAAGUGCUAUUAUUUUACUCAAGGCAUAUACUUAUAAUGAUUUGAAUUAUGUGGAGAAAUUUUAUAAUAAUUUGUCGCAAUUUGGUUUAGAACCUAACUAUGAAAUUUACAAGCAAUAUAUUAUAGCAUAUGCUUAUUAUGGCCAAGUGGAAAAAGCUUUUGAGUUGUUGGAAGAAGAGGAUGAAUUUGAAGUUAAUGAAGAUCUUUUGAUUAAUUUAUAUAAUUUUUGUUAUAUUGCUGAUCAACAAGUCAAAAUUCCAGAGUUGGCUUCAGAACGUUAUCCAGAAAUUUGGUCAAAUGUAGUUAGUAGUGGAUUAUUGAUAAACAGUGAUGGGUAUACUAAUGAAAAAUUUUUAGUUGAUGGAAAAGAAAUAAAGUCUAUAGAGUCUAUAGAAUCUUAA